AUGGACACCGGCAGCACCGAUUUGGGGCCACGAUGCUGGGCCGGAGCAGAUGCCGGCAGCGCCGAAUCGAUGCCAGCAAGUCAGGAUGGUGAGGACACAGGCAGCGCCGAUUUGAGGCCACCGUGCCAACACCUGGCAGAUGCCACCAGUGCCAAACUGACACCAGGCAGCCAGGACAGGGCAGGCACCGGCACUGCCAAAAUGAUGCUGCGGUAUUGGGCCAGGGCUGAUGCCGGUAGUGCCGAUUCAGGGCCGCAAUGCCAGGAUGAAGAGGGUGCUGACAGUGCCAAACCGAUGCCGGCGUGCCAGGACCAGGUGGACACCCGCAGUGCCGAUUUGGGGACACAAUACUGGUUCCAGGCAGACACCGGCAGCUCCAAACCAAUGCCGGGGUGCCAGGACGAGGCAGCCACCAGCAGCGCCGAUUUGGGGACACGAUGCCAGGACACGGCGGAUGCCGGCAGCGCCAAAUCAGCCCCACAGAACCAACAUGAGGAUGCCGCCAAGCCAAGCCGGCACGACUGUGAGACCGUGUCAGCGGGUGCCCGUCCCUUUCGGUGCGGGACGUGUGGGAAGCGGUUCGGGGCGAGCGCCACGUUGACGCGGCACCAGGCGCUGCACGGAGCCGAGCACCCCUUCUCCUGCGCCGAGUGCGGCCGCGGCUUCUGCGACCGGGCGGCACUGGCAACACACCGGCGAGGGCACACGGGUGAGCGCCCCUUCGCCUGCGCCGAGUGCGGCAAAGCCUUCGCCGGCAGCGCGGGGCUGCUGGUGCACCAACGAGCGCACACGGGCGAGCGCCCCUUUGCCUGCGCUGAGUGCGGGCAGCGCUUCCGGCAAAGCGCCCAUCUUGCCCAACACCUCCAGGGCACCCACGGCACAGGGCGCCCACACUCGUGCCCGCAGUGCGGCAAAGCCUUCGCCCUCCGCUCCACGCUGGCCCGGCACAUUCAGAUCCACACCGGCGAGCGUCCGCACGCCUGCAGCGACUGUGGGCGCCGCUUCCGCCAGCGGGCUCACCUGGCCCGGCACCGCUUGGCACACACGGGUGAGCGCCCUUUCCCCUGCGGCGAGUGCGGCAAAGCCUUCGCCCUCAGCGCCACGCUGUUGCGGCACCAGCUGGUGCACACCGGCGAGCGCCCGCACCGCUGCCCCGACUGUCCCCGCGCCUACACCCAAAGUGCCUACCUGGCCCAGCACCGCCUCACCGCCCACGCCGGCCAACGACCCCACGCCUGCCCCGAGUGCCCGCGGGCCUUCGCCGACCGCGCCAACCUCCUGCGCCAUCGCCGGGGCCACGUCGGCGCCCGGCCCCACGCCUGUGGGCAGUGCGGGCGACGCUUCGCCCAACGGGCGCAUCUCCAGGCGCACGCCGGCACCCACGGCGGGCAGCAGCCCUUCGCCUGCGGGCAGUGCGGGCAGCUAUUCGGGCGCCGGGCAGCGCUGGCGGCUCACCGGCGGGUGCACGGUGGGCAGCGGCCCUUUGCCUGCGGGCAGUGCGGGCAGCGCUUCGCCCAACGAGCCAGCCUGGUAGAGCACGGCCGGCGGCACACGGGCGAACGGCCUCACGGUUGUCCCCAGUGUCACCGCCGUUUCCGGCACCGCUCAGCGCUGCUGCGGCACCGACGGGCGCACGUCGGCGAGCGUCCCUUCCCCUGCGCCCACUGCGGUCGCCGCUACAGCCGCAGUUCCAACCUCCUCCUGCACCAGCGAGUCCACGCACCCGACUAG